CCUCAGUCCUCCCUCCUGCCUUGGCUAGUCUCCAUGCGCCAGGCUCAGGGCCUUGGGAAUGAAUGGUGCCCCGGCUCUGCUCCGUCUUUGAAGCCAGCCAGGAAUGCGAGGCCUCUCUUUUUUUCACCCCUUUCUCUCUCUCUCUGUUGUUCGGGCAGCCAGCAGCACUAGCAGCUAUCGGCAGCAGUGAAAUAUUCCCUCUGCUGCGCUCAUUGUGCGUCUGAGAGCCGGACGUCAUCGGCUGGCCAAUCAGUGGCUCCCACUAGGCAGCCUCAGGUCUCUGUGGGGGGAGAAGGGACCCACUUAGAAGUCUUCCCUCUCACACUUGCCUCUCCUGGUAACUUGCUCCGGUCGUACUUUGGAAGAAGGCGGAAAUAAUUUGGUUCAUCUGCAUGCAGGAACCAACAAAAGAAAUCUUUCCUUUUCAGACGGGAAUGAGGGAAGUCAGUGGCUUAGCCUUAAAGCUUUGAAGCUGACUUUUUCAAGAGGCUUUAACUUAACAGAGUGAGGAACAUGACCUAAUUUGAGAUUAAUAAGACAACUGGGUGCAGUCACGUUAGUGGUAGCUCCCCAAGUUCCCCUUCCACCCACAAGACGGACACAUGCAUCACUGUACAUUCUUAUACGUAUGAUUUACAAGCCCUGCCUUUCCCUUCCUGCCUUUUGCCCCAACCCUUCAUGGAUUCUUACAGCUUGCACUUUGAGAGAAUGAGCAACGUGGACCUGCAUCCUCUUAGCCUGUCUGUAAGCCGGCUUUCGCCAGCCAAGUCCAACAGCAGUAUUGCUGACCAUCUAAGCCACCACCAGCACGGCAAAGGAGAUUCUGCAUACAGCUCCUUCUCUGGUGGGUCCACUGCCCCAGACUACCCGUCUCCCUUCCUCCCUGAUGACCUGCAGUCCAGCUCCUUCAACCACUAUGCUGACCUUAAAUAUGUAAAGUCUAUCUACCAUCCAAACCAGUUUCUGCAGUCUGACUCGAAGACCAUGGAUCAGCUCUACCGCUCUGUCGAAGCCAUCUCACAGCAGUAUCACAACAACUCUGAUUUGAACUACCAUAGCCUCAAUGGCAGCGAGAGUUUGCACACCAACAACAGCGCACACCCUAAAAAAGAGGUGCAGUCGAGGACUCCGUCCCUAAGUGGUCAGGCCCCACCGGUACCAGUACGCCUUGAUAGUUUUAUAGCCACUAAAAACUUGGAGAACAGCAGGGCUCACCUUCAUGGUACUGAAUUUAAACCCCUGCCCCAACAACCUCAACAACAGAUUCGACUCCAAGGCCGACCACAUUCUCAGAGUCUAAAUUSCCCACGGUCAGAGACGGCGAUCCUAGACAAGAGCAGCUCAAACCUGAGUUCUGAGCCAUUGUACUCUGUUUGGAGAGGCUCUCAUGAGAUGCAGCAGAUCCAGCAUCCACCAAGCUACCGGCUGCACCUCCAACUUCACAACCAGACCAGGAYGAACCCAGAAAACCCUUCCACUGUGGACAGCAAYGCUGCCUCUGAGCCCCACAGCCAAUCGCCACCUCACGGUAGAAACCAGCCUGAACAUCUGACACCCAAACAGACUUCUAGCAUGAUUGGCUGUAAUGGRGACCAUCAGAUUAACUCUGGUGGUCCUUUUCGAAGCGAGCGCAAAAGGGCACACUCAGCUCAGGAAGUGCGUGGUUCUUCAGAACUGCAGCAAGCCGACGGUCCCUGGAAUGGCAGCCAGAGUUGCCUAAGCAGCAGCAUUCAGCACAAGGGUCAGUUCUACUUUGUCACAGGGGUGUACAAACCAUCCAAACCUGGUGUGAGGACACAUUCUGCAACCAUAUGUGGUACAGAAGYUGUAAGGGAGGUCUCGGCUGCGUURGAAACCCACCAUCAACAAGACAAACCGCGAUCCCAUAGCACUAUGGAUAACUUUUUCAGACCUUUCUAUGAGAGUUCGCACACGUCCAGUGGUAUGAUUCUAGAAAACGAAGUUUUCACUUCUGUGGAUCAGGGAAUGGUCCAGAUGUCCAAGAACCUGGACCAGGAGAAUUACACCCCACCCUACAUUUUAAAUGUCUUGGACGAAAGUCGUGAGGUUGGCCGCCACACAGCGAGCAACCCAAUAUUCUACUGCGGACCUGACGGAAAGAGCCCACCGCAGUCAGCCACUCAUCAAAAUGACGUCAAUUUGGUGAUGGGCAUCAAGUCACCAAGCUACAACAGAAGAGAAGAUCAUCCCAACAAAGGGAAGUGGCAGCCUUUGGAAGACAUUGCUAGUGAGAGGAUAAACAAAGAGACAACACCACUGCUGUAUCACCUCACUGGAGCCAGUCGAACAGCAAUGCAGCCCAAUCCAGAUCCUGGAUUCAGUGGAAGGAAGGAAGGUGUCCUUAAUAAAUCCGUCCAGGGWGAAGUAGCAGUAAAUAAUAAUGAGACACCUGGACAAGGUGACACUAGCAGAGGAGAUGUUCUGUCCGCUGCUUGCGGCACCCUGGAUGAUUCUUUUAAAAAGUACUACAAAGAGAAACUUAAGGAUGCCCAGUGCAAAGUCUUGAGUAAGACGUCAUUUAAGAGGCGAGACCUGCAGCUGCCUUGGCCAAAUUGUUUGACGCAAAACUCUGAGUGCAGGCCUGCAGUGAUUCACUCAUUUUCCUCAUCACAGGACUCUGAGAUAUCAACAGACACACUCACCCCAUCUUUGACAUCCGAGGACACAGAGAAAGGCAGCAUAGCAGAGGUCGGGGACAUUCAGAAGGAAAUUGAAAAAUCGUUUGAAAUGAAAAACGUACGGAUGGCAAAAGUGGCUCAGCCUCAAGUGGCGCGUAUCGGAGGCAGAAAAAGACUGACCCCCAAGCAGAAGAAGAUGUGCUUCUCCGAGCCAGAGAAACUCAACGAGCUCGGCAGCAYGCCUAAACACUCGGUUUGCCGCUCGUUUGGGAAUGAAAGUGAAGGAUUGUUUGCAGCUGAGUUUGAAGGAGAGGAGGCGACGCAGCAAGCGGACCAGGGACUGGUCGCAGCACGGAGGGAGAUGUUUGAGUCAAGAGGUCAAGCUCUGUCUGUCUCAAGCGCGUCAAAGACGAACCUAAAGCACGUUCAGCAUCAGGCCCUCGUGGAAUACAUGGAACGAAAGACGGGCCAGAAAGUGGCCGAGCCGCAGCACCCAGCAUCUCACUUACCAACUCCAUCCAGACAAAGACAUUCUCUCGGUGAGAAACCAUUUGACUGGAAUCCUCGACCACAAUCGUGGAAUCAUGAGAAACACUUGAAGAAGAAACACAAUAGACCCCACUCUGCUGGGCGUAUUCUUGAUUCACCCAGUAGCUCCAUCAGGUAUGCCCAGUUCUUUUCUGCCCAGUCCUGCUCAGGCYACUAUCCUGGCCACCAAAACUCUUCCAGAGCGAGGGAGAGUCACGGUCCACCUCAGGGAAAAUCUGCAUCUGCAGAGAGUCUGUUGGACCCGCGGGACCCGGCCAGUUUCCUCUGGAACAGAUCCACAUCCUCACCACAUACAUUUCAGCAGGCGCAUGACAAAGAAGAGAACCCAGAACCAGUCGGCACCAUGGAAACCCAGAGCUGCCAGAAGAAUGAAGCAGAACAGCCAUCGGAGAAGGGAGUCCCUGAAGGCCAGCAGCGCUCUCGGAAGGUGGGGCAGAGGGGAAAGUCCAUGGAGGAGCUUGGGGCAUCCAAGAUAACUAAAGUAUCGACCCUGAGCAAAAGCUCAGAGCACCUGGAUCAGCUGCGGAGGAAUUCAGCUGAGCCUGCAGGAGGGAGCAGAAAUGACAGGAGUAUUUCACACUUUGCUSAAGACGGAGACGCUCGACGACRGGAACCAAGAAAAGAAGCAGAGUUUGUUGGUCAGAAUAACUCUCAGGGACAGAACCAACACCAAACCCAGAAACUUCCUCCCCAGAAGCAAAGCUCUGAGCAGAGGGAGGAUGCAACAGGAGAAACGGGCUCUGGUGGAUCCGUCUCUCCAGUCUCCAGUGGAGAAGCCAGCGAGACAUUUUCCAACCCACCUUCCCCCAAAGGUCAAAAGAUCAGCGAAUGGGAGAUCAAAUCCRCCUGUUCCACACCCACCCAGACAAAGCGUCCUUGUGAAGGCACACCUCGUGGCGACUCCAUCUCCACGAAGCAGACAAGCGACUCCUCCGUGUCUCCCUCUACGUCUGCCUCCAAAGCAGAAGUCAGUUACCAGGCAGAUGAGCCGAAAGAACCGSAUCUGGAAGCUGAGACGGUGGGACAAAAGGAGGAGACUGAGACGAGGGAAAUGCCAGAGGGAGAGACAGACAGCUCAGAAACGUCUGCCAGGAAACCUAAGUGGGAGGAGCUUGUAAAGGCGGUGGUUAAAGCUGACCAGUCACUGGCCAGGGUGCUCUGUCCGCUGGCCAGUCGUAAGACUGCCCUGAUGCUGAUGGAGCAGCUUCUGUCGGAGGACACCCUGCUGAUGGAGGAGCACUACAAGAAGAAGCAGGAGCAGAAAGGAGCUGGUGAAAGCAACGAAGCAGGUAAAGGAGCUGAACCGUCUCCAUGUCAGCCUGAUUCAGACAGCGAGAAAUCUCAGUGUACGGAUGAGCAAAGCCAAGCUGAUAUCACUGAGAUGAAGGUAAUUAUUAGAUUAAAAAGCAGCUCAAAUAAUGAGCUCAUUAUGAAGAAUGAACUGGAGAGGUACAACCUGUUCAUCGGGGACCUGGAGAGGGUGGUCAACCUGCUGCUGUGCCUUUCUGCCCGGCUGGCCAGGGUGCAAAACGCCCUGAGUGUCGUGGACCAACACACCGACGCUGAGGAGAAGGAGUCUCUGGACAGCCGCCACCGCCUGCUGUGCAAACAGAGGGAGGAUGCCAAAGAUCUGAAGGAUAACCUGGACCGCCGAGAGAACCUGGUCUCCACCUUUCUGUCRCGCCAGCUGUCCGCCGAGCAGCUGCAGGACUACCGGCGCUUCGUCCAGACCAAGGCCUCACUCCUCAUCCGCCAGAAGGACCUGGAGGAGAAGCAGAGGCUGGGAGAGGAGCAGCUGGARGCGCUUUCCAACAGUCUGAACAUGUGAAGGGACAUUCACCGUGGCUCUGGUUUUCAGGCUUUUUGGACGUAAUCAAAUCAUGACUUUUUUUCUCUCCCUCCUUUCAAGAGUUUWUGGAGRACAGAAAUAUCUGCUGAGAGUCAAGUGAACUUUUUCCGCCCAUCUCGGUUUGCACAAGCAGCAGCGUGCAUUAAAACAUGUCUUAAUGUUGUACAUUUGUUUUCACUUUGAACAGAAUUGAACUGUUUCAGUGUGCCUUGAUGUAUAUUAUUGUAGCUAUUGGAACUUUUUAUCUUAGAGCUGCUGUGCAGAAACUUGUAGUAAUUCAGAUACUGUCCUUUUGUUGUCCACUGAGAUAAUGGCCCUGCAGCCCUGUGCCUGCAUCUGUGGAAACCUACGAUAAGCUUUAAGAUCGUCUCCGAGCAGCGACGAGGCUUCAGUGGCCUGACGGAGGGCGGUGUGCUGUUCCAGGUCUGGAAAAAUGUACUGUAGAUGCAGAAGAUUUAAUAUUCUUCUUUUUUGGUUGUCUGUGUUUCUAAAGGCAUUUCAAAUUAAGGUUCUAAAAACCAAAAGAAAUAAUAAGUUCAAUGGAUAAAAAGCACUUUGUAAAGAUACAUGUAUGCACAUUACAUCAAACUGGAGUCUAAAUAAUUUCAAGUGAAAGCCUUACUCCAUCCGUUAAAAUGUAUUUUUUUUUUCCUCUUCAGUUUAAAGGGCUUUUAUCAUCACUUUUACAACCGUUCCUUUUUAACUUUGUUCAGGCUUGUAUUCCAUUACAGUUGCAUUCAUUUUCAUGUCCACAACAAAUAAGUACGUUAAAUGCAAAGUACAAUCUUGACCAAAGGCAAAAUUAAUUACCACAAAGUCUCCACAGUGAAUAUGUUGAUAAAAUGGAGAUGUAUAUGAURAUUAAUCCAGCGUGGAGAAAGAAGAAAUCGUGUCUCUGUCGGGUAACGUGGAGACUUAAUAUACCGGCACCCAUUAAAAACAUUCUGUGGUGAACCCAGUCUGACUGUAAUUUCUCACAGUUUAUGUAAUUUCUGCUCCCCUUCUGACCAGCAUUGUUUAUCGAUCAGCAAUACAAUUUCUCCCAACUGUGUCACCAGUAAAAUGCAUGUUAAUGACCUGCUUAGUCAUUGUUCAAGUCUCACUUUUUUCAUAUAUUCAUACAUGUUUUACUUGUGAGCGUUCAAGAACACAAUCUGACACAUCUCUCACAAACACCUCKGUGUCUGGCUGUUGACUCUCUGCUCAAGCUGUUGGCUCCAGCUGUAUUAUUGACUGUAUCAUGUCCCUUUUUCUGAGCUCUGAGAUUUMUUUUACCCAUAAUUCCAAGAGUUUAAUKUCAUAUAAUCCCAGGGAAAUUAAGGUUACCAAUUCAUAGCUGUGUUAGGUAAAAUCCACCCUUCAUAUCUGUGUUCACCUUUGGAUUUUUGUAUCAAAAGUUCUUAUUUUUUGUGUGUUGCCAAUAAGUGACCACAUAUGCAUUUGACAUAUUUAAAUUAAAAUGGCCUUUUUGUGUCAGGGAAAUAAUCCUUUGUAUAAUUUAAAGAUCAUUAUCCAUCUGUAGUAGCACCUUCCUGUUACCCAUAAGGUUCAUUUUCUUAGAGACUGACUACCUGCUAUUCACUGCUGUUCAAUAAUUUGAUAACUUUUAGGCGUCCUGACUACAAAACAUAAAGAGUCUUGAAUUUUUCCUUACCUAAAUYAAUAGGUACUAAACUCACGAAAGCAGUUAUCACGGAGUAUUUCCUCUUAUGUCCUUUUACAGAAGCGACAUCUUAUACUUGAAACAAUUUUUUUCAUAGGUUUAAUUUACUUCAGGUGUCUUUAUUCCCAGCUGUCUUUUGGUGCUUGAAUCAAAUAAUCCAUCUACAUGCAGUCGUACUGCAUUUAGUWCAGCCAUAUUUGUGUCUUUCAGUGACAUCAGAGAGCUGUUGGAUGAUUUCCUGAACUUUUUCUUUUGUAUUUUGUCUGUGAGAGAUCGUGAGUGUGUUCAGAAACUGAUCCCCGUGUUAUUUUCCCCUCAGGACGUAUACCUGCUGGCUGCAUYGUCUCCAAUAUUUAAAUGUAGGAGGAAAAAACUAAAGCUCUUCUACAAUGACAGUUUAUAUUAUAUGAAAAAUAUUUCUCUGGAGAUUUUUACCUGUGUCCAUCAAAGUUUUCUAAACAAACAAAUUUGUUUUGGUCUUUUUUUUUCUCACAGCUGAAGGCUGAAAAGGCCUUCAUGCCGUUUUCUGUAGCUGGCUGGGAUUCCUAAAUUAUGCAAACCUYCAAUAUUUGAACACCCAAACAAAAAGACUUGAGRAAAGUCUUUUUGUUUGAAAGGAGGAGCAGUUUUUYYAYAUUUUCCAGGUYCWGGCUUGUCCAUUUUAAUCAAAACAACAUUUGUUGGGAGUAUAGUUUAAUAACUACARGUCUCUGAUGUCAAAAUGAAACAAAUCUAUAUAAAAGCCAAGUCAGAAAAACAUUUUUAACCCAUGGUGAGAUUGAUCAUAGCAAACAAUUCAAAAUCUGUUUYCUCUGCUUUGUUUCACUCCCAUUCGUUUGUUUGUGCCUGUUUGGGGUUUUAAAAAAUCCAUGAUGUUUGUAAUAUUGUGAAUAAAUUAAGCUUUCACUGUU